CUCUUCGGCUUGAAUUCGAGCGGAAGCUUUGACCGGAACCGCGUUCACUCAUUAGCAUUGCUAAUUUAGCGGCUAGCUGGCUAUUCAUUGACGUUCUUUCGUCUUUUUUAUUAUUAUUAUUAUUAAUAUACGUGUCAUUUCUCAUGCUGAGAGGAUGUGGUUUAUUUAUUUCCUGAGCUGGCUGUCAUUGUUGAUCCAGGUGUCCUUCGUCACUUUAGCCAUCGCUGCUGGUCUGUACUACUUAGCAGAACUCAUCGAAGAGUUCACAGUGGCCACCAGUCGAAUAAUCAAGUACAUGAUCCUGUUCUCGACGGGCGCGCUCGCAGGUCUGUACGUCUUUGAAAGCUUCCCGGUUUUGAUGGUGGCCACGGGACUCUUCACCAAUCUGGUCUACUUCGGCCUGCUCCAGACGUUCCCAUACAUUCUCCUGAGCUCGCCCAACUUCAUCCUCUCCUGUGCGCUGGUCGUGGUCAACCACUACAUGGCCUUCCAGUUCUUCGCGCAAGAGUAUUACCCGUUCUCAGAGGUCCUGGCAUAUUUCACCAUCUGCCUCUGGGUGAUCCCAUUUGCGUUUUUUGUGUCACUAUCAGCGGGCGAAAACGUGCUUCCAUCCACCGUGCAGCAAGGGGAUGACGUGGUCUCCAAUUACUUCACCAAGGGCAAGCGGGGGAAACGCUCCGGAAUCCUCCUGGUGUUCUCCUUCCUCAAGGAGGCCGUGCUCCCCAGCCGGCAGAAAAUGUACUGAGGGACUUGGACUCCGGGGGUCGGGUCGGGCAAGACUGCGGGAAUGGCGUUGCGUGUGUUUUGGAUUCCAAUGUAAUUACGGUUUAAGGGGGGAGAGGUCGGACUGAUGGUCUGUGCCGGGGGUCUCCUGAUGAUCCCGAACGGAUCGUAGUCCUCACCCGCGCUAUCGGCUGCAUUGGACUGUUUCGUUAAGGUGAUGAAAAUCAUAUUUUUAUUUUAUUUUUUUUUUCGUUUUGUUUUGUUUUUUGCAAGACCAGAAAAGCUCGCGGCGGGUCGCCCCGGUUCUGUCGUGGUCCACUUCCGCAGGCAGUUUGGAGGCGGAAUCUCGAUGAGACCUCGGGAGGAGAACAAUUUCGGUACGGAUUUGGAGGGGUGGGGGGGUGGGUCGAAAAGCGGCUUUCGAGACACGGGCCCAGCUCCGGAAACAGUUGGCAAAGGCGGACCGAAAGCCACCCGCCGGCACGUCCCCUGGAGUGGUUUUUGACAGGCGUAUUUUCCACCUGGACGUCGGCUCCGGAACUUUUGUAAGCGAUGCACUCCCCCCCCCCCCCCACCCCCGCUGCUUUCCCAGAAUCCCAUGAAAAAAAAAAUGUACAGUUUGAUGCCGUCGCAAGUUGGAGUAAAAUCAU